AUGGCCGCCACCACCACCAAGAUCAUCGACAUAGAGAGUCUACAACAGCACCCACAACAUCAUCGAUCAAUCGGCGAAACUGGGCGACAAGUUCUUCGCCAUCAACACCAGCAGCAGCCCGCUGCCGCACCCUUGUUGCUCGUUGCACCCCGCAGCGACCAUGCAACAAGCAGCGUCGCCGCCAGCCUUCCCUGUAGCGGCCUCGCCACCAAGCUGAUGGACAACGACGCUCGCCUAAGCAACAGCGAGCGUGCACGUUCCAAGGAGGACCUCGACAUCCGCAACAUGACCAAUCGUUGGAAGACGAUGUUUGACGAGUUCUUCACUCACCCCGACAAUUCUCCACCAAUAUCAGAUCCACCUCAACCAGAGAUCCCCACUCCGGAGAUCACGUACAAAGGAGUUGGAGCAGCCGUCUUCCUCAAGCCCUAUCAACGAUCAAACAAAGUCACAGCGCGAGGACGCGCUACCAGGAGAAGGGGGAAGAGAUGUCAUACGUCUAAUGAAGGGCCCAGGGGGGGGGCCUAG